CGCGCGCGGAACACGAGUGUUGGGCUACCUAUGAUCGCAUCUUAAGCUCGCUAGUUUGCCACUGUCGCCACGUCGCUUUAGUUUACUUUUUACGAUCGAUUUCUGCCUGCGAAGAAUAUACAGGAUUUGUCUGUCAUUCACCUAAAGAAGAGGGACAACAUAAUGCCACCCAGUUACUGUCAAAAACCAUAUCCGAUAAGUAGAGGCCUUUCCCAGUAUCUCUUUCGUCAAGAACCUUCAAAUUAUAAACCCCUUCAGUUUGAUGAAUCGACUGCAUUGGACGUCUAUAGAAAGCAAAAGGUCGAUGAUGACUUGAGAAAGGUUGUGCGUGCUUUAUGGAAGCCUUUAGAGUUAUUCCCCGAAAUCAAUCAUUGCGCUAUGCAAUUCUCUGUCACCAUUCAAACUGAUAGAGGUAUCGAAGAAUUGAAGUGGGAGGUUGCCAUCAGGAAGGCCCGCAGAGAUCUUCAUUGUGUAUUCGAUGCUCUCGGAAUUCUUCAUCAAGGUUGGUUUCGCAGUAAUAUUUUAUUAAAGCAAGUUCAGCACAUUCUUGACUCGAAAAACGGAAAUGAUGCAGAUACUAAUGAAGAAGUGAAGAAGAUUCGAGAAUUAAAAGAUAAUCUUCAAAAUUUGAACAAUUUCCUUGACCGUGUGCUAUUGCAUUAUUCUGGUUUUGACAACAAACUAUCAUCUACUUUGAUUAAAGACAUCAAACGCACAACCAAAAAGAUUCAUGACGUUAUAAAGCAGUUAAAGUCAAACCUGUUCGAAAGUGUGAUUCCUCCAAGCAUGGUAACCGAGGAAGAUGUUCUGUGCUCUGUACUUGGCUUGAAUGAUGAUUUUGCCAAGAGACUUCAAAGUUUGAGUGAGGGAAUGAGACAGCACAAAAGUGACAUGUACUAUUUGAAAUAUUUCUUGGGAGAAUUCGAGUCUCGUGACGUAAACCUGCAUGAUAUAGAGGCAGUGCAGCGUGGUUUGCAGCAAAUGGGCUUUAUUGAAAAUCGAUCUUGUGUUAUAGCUAAAUGGAUUGCUGAAAAAUCUUUUCCUGAACACCGGUCUCUUUUAGCUUGGGCUCAAAUUUACAUCGAAAACUUGUUCAAAUACGAUAUUUUUUUAAAUGAUCAAGUUCGCAAAUUUCCAUUCGAGGAACGGUGUUUGAAUAAAUGGUUUUCGUGGAAUGUAGAAAUGAAUUGUAAAAGUCAGGAUGGUCCAGAUGAACCUCAAGUUUUCGUAAUCAACACUACUGAGAAGGAAGAAGCUACCAGAGUCGCAGAGGCCAAAUUGAAGGAAAGUAACCCAAACGAACAGCUUUUUUUCCAUGGCACUGAUCAUAAGAGUGUCGAAAAUAUCCUUAAAUGUGGCAUCAGGCUGGGAAACGGGAAACAAUGUGAUUUUUCCAACGGAUUUGGAUUUUAUCUUGCAGAUGAUUUUAAGUACGCUCUAGAGGAACACGCGAUGAAAAGCAAUUUUGCAGCUGUAAUAAUGUUCAACCUCGGUGAUAGUUGUCGAAAGAAAUGUCUUGAUUUAUCUUGUCCUGAGAGGCGCAAAGACUUGAAAUCUGUGAGGGAUUAUUUCCAAGCCGGUGAACCACGAAGGCAUGGACUUGAUCAGAAACUUUAUCAGGAAAUGAAGAAUUCCUAUUGUAUUUUUGGUCCAGUAAGCAGAGAUGGAAGAGAUAGCAAGAGUAAGAACAAAUGGGAGAAUGUGAUGCAAAUUUGUAUCAGAAAUAAAGAAUUGGCGGAAGAAAUCGGAAGUCUUUCACACAUAGUAGGUAUUAUAUUUUUGAAUAGUGAGGUGCCCACAUAGCAUGUGGGUGACUUAAUGGAUAAGUUGUGGUGCAAGUUGUGACUUCAGUGACUGGUAUAGGUAUGACUGAUUUCCUUUUGAAUUUCCCACCAAUCAUGCUAUCAUGAAAGAUAUUUCAAGGUUUUUAUUUAUUAAAAGCAUAGAGGAGUUUGGCAAAAUUGAAAGGGACCAACUUUUUACCUUGCGCCCAGUGUGUUAAGGGUAUGGUAAAAAAUCAUAGACAUUCUAUUUUUGCUUUAAACAUGUAGCUUUAGAUAUGAAAAAGCACAAAGUGGUUAAGCCUCCAUGAAUUUAUAAUUCC